AUGGGCAAAGAUGGCCCUGACGACUCUGCUAUGGCUUGGAAGAUAGAAACAGAACCAGAUAAAUUUGUGGAUCUGCCAAAGGAGAUUUUUGGCAGAAUAUUACAAAAGAAUGGUGUGGAGAGCAGAGCCAGGAGCCCAGAGGCUGGAGCUAAGAGCUGCCGAGAACAGCUCUCAGAUGUGAGAACAGCAGAACUGGAUGUGAGACAAGGAACAUUCUCAGAGUGUGGGAACCAGCAACACACACCUGCUUGGACUUCAGAAUUGCUCUGGGCCAGGGACUGCGAUGUACUGUUUGUGGUGAUCAAUUACAGCAGCAAUAGCAAUAGGAAACGAAUGCACAGGGUGACUGGAUGGUGUGUGAUGAAGACUGCUCAGCAACGGCCUCUUAGAGGAGGUGCUCUUCAAGCAGAAAACGAGCGGGCCCUGAGGUGGCGGCCCAUCCAGCCCGAGAGUCCCACAGGUGAUUCCAAGGAUGGUUUUCUACAUAAAGAAGAAUGUCUUGAAUUAAAGGACAUAUUCUCUGUCAAGCUGAAACGGCGUUAUUCAGUUCAACAGCAGAGAAGUGGCACUUUAUUAGGAAUCACACUCUUCGUAUGUUUGAAAAAGGAACAAAAUAAAUUAAAGGAUUCAACUGAUCUCAUUAAUUUAAGUGAAGACCACUGUGACGUAUGGUUUAGACAAUUCAAGAAAAUUUUGGCAGGCUUUUCAAACAGACCAAAGUCAUUGAAAAUACUCCUUAACCCCCAAAGCCACAAAAAAGAAGCUACCCAGGUCUAUUAUGAGAAGGUUGAACCACUGUUAAAGAUUGCAGGAAUAAAGACUGAUGUAACAAUAACCGAAUAUGAAGGACAUGCUCUGUCACUGCUAAAAGAAUGUGAACUACAGGGAUUUGAUGGUGUUGUCUGUGUUGGUGGAGAUGGGUUCGCCAGUGAAGUAGCCCAUGCCUUGCUUCUUAGAGCCCAGAAGAACGCUGGGGUGGAGACAGACAGCAUCCUGACUCCUGUCCCAGCUCGACCUCCACUUGGUGUGAUACCAGCAGGAUCCACGAACGUAUUGGCACAUUCUCUUCACGGAAUCCCUCACGUGGUAACUGCAACUUUGCACAUUAUAAUGGGGCACAUACAACAGGUCGAUGUCUGCACCUUCCGCACCCCUGGCAAGUUUCUGCGCUUUGGGUUCUCAGCCAUGUUUGGGUUUGGUGGAAGAGCUCUGGCUCUGGCAGAAAAACAUCGAUGGAUGCCCCCUAACCAACGGAAGGAUUUUGCUAUAAUUAAGGCACUGGCAAAACUUAAGCCGGAGGACUGUGAAAUAUCAUUUUUACCAUUUAACAGCUCUCAGGAUUUAGAAGAAAGGAGGGCACAGGGAUUUACCAGAUCGGGCUGUGAUGCUCAGUGGCAAAUGAUCCAGGGUCAGUUCUUGAAUGUCAGCAUCAUGGCAAUUCCAUGCCUGUGUUCAGUGGCACCUAGGGGCUUGGCACCUAACACCAGAUUAAAUAAUGGAAGUAUGGCUCUUAUAAUUGCCCGGAACACUUCUCGACCAGAAUUUAUAAAACACCUGAAAAGAUAUGCAAGUGUUAAAAAUCAGUUCAGUUUUCCAUUUGUUGAGACUUACACUGUUGAAGAAGUAAAAGUUUACCCCAAGAGUAACAGCAGUCGGCACAAUCCAGAGGAAGAGGACGGACCACGUGGACGUGCCUCAGGAAACAGUUUCCCUUGGAAUAUAGAUGGUGACUUAAUGGAAGUUGCAUCAGAGGUCCAUGUUAGAGUACACCCAAGACUUAUCAAUCUUUAUGGAGGAAGCAUGGAAGAGAUGAAUGAUUCCAAAGUAACAUGUAAUUGUUUAUAAAGGUAAUGUGCAAACUAGAAUUUUAAUAUGAA